AUGAUAUACAAGCUGCCGCCGUCACAGCCCCUGCUACUGUUGCUUCCCCUGCUACUGUUGCUGCUGCCGGCGAUGUUUGUUGCACCUGAGGCGGGCCUUGCUGCCGGCCAGGGCAGUGAUAUCGGCAGCAGCGACCAGUCGGCGGGAGUUAAAAAGGGAGGAGCCAUGCUUCGCAGCGGUCAGUACACGGCCGUAGUGUGGAAUAAUGUACAGUUAAUAUAUGCACAAUUGGCUGUCCUUUCCGAGCUUCUACCUGUGUUGCAACCCUGGCCAACAUACAGCAGCGAUGAGUUUGUGUUCUGA